AUGACAUCAAAGCGAAAGAAUGCAAUAAAGGCGGACGUUAAACUCAAGAAACCAUCUGAAAUCGCGGCGGGAUCGCAGCCCUCUGGGAGGAAACCACUAAUCGAACUCUCCGAGGACGAACAAAUGCGGUUAAUCAAGCAGUCGGGGAUUCUGGACAAAAUGAAGACUGUCGACUCAGCUAAAGCCACUGAGAGCUCCGUCGAAUACGUUGAAGAACGCCUCCCUUUGGCUGAAGAGAUAUUCAACGCGACUCUGUUCAUUAUCCCGACCUGUUUCCUACUUCUGUUGAUGGAAAUUUUAAUCCACUUCCAAUACCAGCAAAAGCCCACAUUACGCAACAUUCUUGAUCGAAUGAUACCCAGUGUCCCCAUUUUAUCCCUCUUCGUCUUCUAUACCCUCAGGUAUAAAUCAUAUCGCAAGAUGCAACUCAUAAUGUUCUUCAUUGCAAUCCUGAGUUCUACACGACUUAUCUACCAGUUCAACAAGUCGACCUUUAUGGUAAACAUGAAACAAGGCCCUCCACUGGUCACACUGUGGAUCUACUGCAUUGUUCAACUAGACCUCAGCCCUGCAGUCAUUAGCCUGGCUAUAACCAGUGCAUUUGUGUAUUGGAAGAACUUGAAGCUCGUGUUCUAG